AUGAAGAUUUCGAACAUCAAAUGGGACGCCAUCGUGAUGCAUCCAGAUAUAAUACCUAUCGGCUUUUCGCAGUUUGCCUGUGUCACCGCUCUGGUGCUCUUCCAAUGCAUGUUCCGCAACUUUCACCAAAUUCAGUGCCUCAUCUGUGCCCUGCCUCAGCUUCGGGUUGCGAGACUACGCCGUCUAUCAUUCGGUGCACGCUUCCGAGCUGUCUCAGCCGCAACAAGUUCUCCACCACCACUCACCGAUGUCACUGUCGUCGCUGUGAACGAACAGCUAGCGCUGACCUUUCUCGAGUGGCUGGCGUCGACCACUAUCUCGUCUCUGCGGUCUUUUGAAUCCGAUCUAUCACCAGAAUUUACACCCCAUGUGGGAGCGAUAUUGGAGGCCGCCCGAACUAGUUUGCAGCAUUUAGACUUCUAUUUUGAUGGAGCCUUUUCUCCAUCCACUCUUCGGCAGCUGAACCUACAUCGAUGCAAUGCGCUACAAAGUCUCGGCUUGCGCAGGUUGUUUAACAUAUCUCUGCCGGAGGUCCUCCGCCUGAUUCACCCCGAGAGCCACGUCCGCAAAUUGACAAUAAAUCUAUGGCCGGGAAAAGCAAAUCUCGAGUCGGAGAGCGCGGUCACCAUCUUGGGCGAAGAGCAUUUUCUAGCGCUGCAACGCCUUGAGCUUGUUUUCAUGCGUAACAUAGAUACGGAGGAGGUGAAGAAGGGCAUAUCGGACAGUUUCGACGUCGUAAGGCGUCGAGGCACCGAGGUCCAUCUCUACUUUCGUUAG